AUGGAUGAAGAGCUGUUAUCACUUGUUUCUCGGAAUGCGCUCAUCGAUGAAAUAUUCGUUGAAGAUGUUCAUGCAAACGCAUAUCCAGCUGCUACUAUCAGAAGAAUUCCAACUGAUUCAUCACUGCCGGAUUUAGAACCCGAAGAACUUAUCUCUAGUUUAAUUCAAUAUUUUUUCGAUGUUGUUGAUGAAUCGAGAAAUAGGUGUGAUGAUGUAAUGCAGGAAAUGAAUAUGGUCGAUAAAAGAUGUGCUUCAAAUUUGGUUGGGGAUGACGUGACGUAUGCAGAGCAACAGCAAAGUGAGCGUUAUUUUGGCUCAUUUGAGCAGUCAGUUGGUGUUGUUGAAGAAGUAAGAUCAAACGAUGCGAACACUGCACAGCGAUCAUCCUUCAACUCAGCCUUAUCGUUCAAUGGUACAAGUUUAGACGAGAUUACAAAAUCAUCACCUCAACAAACUGUUCAAAUAACACCCGAUGAAGCACCGCAAUUAACUUAUGAAGGUGAAGUUGAUGAUGGAGUGGUCGAUCAGCGUGAUUCUGAAUUCGAUCGUCAUGCUUCGGUGCAAGGAUCGCCAUCGAACGAACAACUCGAUUCAUCGUGUCCUGUGCUUGUUAACGAACGGCAACAAGAGCCGUAUGUGAUCGAGGAAGCUGAGGUGGCUUCGAAAGAUGAUCAUCAAAAACCGUCCACAUCGAUGUCCUCAUCAGCUUCUGACGGUAAAUGGGUCGGUGCUAAUCCAUUACGGCGCUUCUCGGUUCUAAUUGGAAACAAGAAACUAAGCUUCAAAGUUAUUGACGCACCACGAACUAUACGCGGAGAACAAGGUACAAGUUUAAUGGAUCAGUAUGGCAGUAACGGUGAACAAAGAAGUAAAUGUUUUAUUUGUGGUCGGAUCUUUCCAAGCAGAGCGGCCUUCAAAGAGCAUCAGUUGCAGCAUGGAAAUUCUAAGCCGAACAUAUGCUCCUAUUGUGGUCGAUCAUUCAUCCAUCGUCAGUCACUCACAAUGCAUGAACGAAUUCACACCGGUGAAAAACCAUUUCAAUGCCCAAUCUGCACGAAAUGUUUCGCUCGUCAAACUAACUACAAUAUUCAUAUGAAAUUGCAUGCGAGUGGACGAAGAUACUUUUGUUCAUUUUGCGGCAAAUGGUAUCGAACAGAACAUGAGAUGCUUGAUCAUCAGCAACAAUGUCUAGCACAAAUUCAUGGUGCUGUUAUACAUACGGAUCGACCAUUACGAUACCAAUGCUCGUAUUGUGAGAAGAUGUUUCAUCAUCGAAGAGACAAAAAUAUUCAUGAAAGAACUCACACGGGCGAAAGGCCAUAUUCAUGCGGUUAUUGUGGAAAAGGAUUUACACAGUCACAAGCGCUCACCAUUCAUAUAAGAACCCAUACUGGAGAAAGGCCCUAUACGUGUAGUAUUUGUGCCAAAGAUUUUCGUGACAGUUCGGCUCUGAGGAAACACGAAUUUAUGAAGCAUACGAGUUCUGGUCUGCCGAUUACGUACCAAGGUUUGAGUGAUUUGAUGUUAAUGUCUGUGCCUUCUUCGAUCAGCAACGAGCCACUGCAAUCAUCUCUGCAGUAG